CAAGCGCGGACGUUCCGUGGCGUUGGCGCCUCAGGCAUCUAGGACCUUAAUAUCCAUACACUUAUUCCAUCUGUCUGCUACAACUGUAGCCAGUGAACAGUCUUCUUUUUCUUCUUGUUCUUUUCCUUCUUCUCAAUAUUUCAUUCAUAUCUACCUGCUCCAUUACUCUGAUAGAUGGUAGCAUGAGCAGCCGCUGCUCAGUGCCACAACAAACUUCCAAGCAGUGAUAGGAUUAUCAAAGCAUGACACCAAACAAAUGUUACGUUGAGCCUCAACCUGUAUUCGCAUACAUACCAGCAAAUAUCUCGGACUAUACUGUGCCACCACGUUGAAGUCGACUAUGAGUCAUCUAUUCACUUCCCCAACUUCAGGAUUCGGCCAUACAUUAUCUUUUCGAGCAAGCCUGUACCACAAGCCAUCAAAUGAUAGGAAGCAAGAUACCGCUGAAGACGAUGAUACAGAUGACCUCGACGAGAGCAGGUUAGACGACGACAAGGACGAACAUGAAGACCAGCAGCAUAGAAACACGCACACACAACGCCAGAGUGUUUCUGCCCCAUCUAGCAAAAAAGUCCUAUCAACAUUAGAAGAAGAACAAUAUCGAACCGCAGGCCUUCACACAAACGAUGAGAUUCCUCCUGCCCCUUUCCCGCAUCGACCCGUUAGAAAGACUGCACCCAGAAUCACUGAUCCAUACCUGCAGAAACAACUCGCAGGACUGAACCCCCCAAUCUUUGUCCCAGGCAGAGCCAGCAUCGCAGACUAUGCUCGCCAUAACGGCGAGAAGCUGUCCACGAAUCUCAAAUCUCGCCAUAUCGGCGUCCUCAACGCAGCCCUGCAUAAAUGCCUAUCAGAAGGCGAUUACUCACGUGCCAGUCGUAUUUGGGCCCUUCUCCUCCGCAGCACUGUCAACAGCCGACCUUUCGACAUCCGUAGAGACGAAAACUGGCGCAUAGGCGCGGAGAUCUUGUUACAGCUGCAUCCUUACAUCGAUCCAUUCGAUGAAAAGUAUUCCCACCAUCAGAAUGCGGGCGAGGACGACGAGGAAGACGAAGACAAUGGCAAACCUCUUUUCAGCGAAGAAGGAUACCGACAGGCGCGACAGUACUAUGAACGCCUCAUCAUUCAGUAUCCCAUCGCGAAGGUCUCCUAUGACAUCAACGCCCGCCGUGUCAACGCACUGACGUUCUACCCUACUAUGUUCUCACUGUGGAUCACACAGAUCGUGGAUAACAGUAAACGUAUGCGAUACGAGUUCUUACGCUCAACCUCGAUUUCUAAUGAGUCUACGCCGAUAGAGCACUCCGACUCUGAAAUAUCGAGUUCCGAUAGUCAUAGCCGUGAAAUGAAGCGUGAAGAAAAGAAAAAGCGAGAAUUCCAACGCAUCAAGGAUUCGGAGCUUGCAGAUGUUCGUAAACUUGCAGAACGGCUCGACCAGCUAGUGUUCUCACCUCCCACAGAUCGCGACGUUACGCUUCUGUAUAUUCGUGGCAUGGUGCAUGUCUGGAUGGGAGACCUUCUACUCAUUGAAGAACCGGAUAGCGACGCCGAGGCAGCUAUGCACAGCAAUCAUCUCCAGAGUGUCAAGCUCCGUAAAGAUGAGAUUGCAGAUGCUGUGGCUCGUUUCAGGGAGGUGAUAAAACUAGGAGGGAUGAGGUAUCCUCAGCUGGAGAUACUGGAGGCUGAGAUUGAGGAGCGUGAUGUAGAUGAGAGUAUUUGAAUGGCUCACUACUUGCUGUCUAAACCUGAUCGCAGGUUGUAGGCCAAUGACUGGAGGAUUAAUUUCAUGACGAAGAUAUAUUAUAUAUUGUCUUGUGGAAGGCCCGAUAGGCCAUCUUUACAUCGAAGAAAGAAUUGUGGAAUAUGGAACACUGCCGACCAAGCUGUCCAGGCCAUCUGCAGAUUGUGUUUACACCAGACC